CGGGUCAGCUCUUUUGGUGUGAAGAUGCUGCUGAUAUAAUCUUUCUGCUCUCGUACGCUUCGAAUCGCUCAAUCACGUUCGAAGUGCCUGGUAGUUACCUAACAUCAGCAAUACUUUAGUACCUGCUCUCAUAGGAAAAGCGUAAGCAAUCCAUUCCAUAAGACGCCUAUCCAAUUGAGGCCACUGAAUAUGCAGGUACGAAUAUAGCAGAUCGAGUAAGAUGGUUUCAGAAGAGAUAUUUUCCACAUUUGGCUGACGUCGUGCCGCAGCCACGCCUCUGCGUGCGUGCUGAUCUGCUCUAGCUUGGGGUAUAGAUCAGUAUAUUUUUAGAGCUGGACAUGCUAGGUUUGCAUGAAGCAAUCCAGCUAUUAACACCGUACAUCUCAUCUCUUGGGGGUGGGGUCUUUCUUGAUCCUAUUCACGGAUCUAGUUAAUCUACUGUGUUUGUACGGAUGAAAGGUAGGUAGCACGUAAAUUCUUUCCCUGCACAUGGCCCCCAGCCGUACGGUGUGGAUUGCAGAGCUGGGGAAGAGGAUAAGUAGCAGAGGAUUCCUCACGUCUUGAUCAUGAAAUAGAUCUUGUAGUUUCGUACUUGCCUACGCCUCGCUCUGUCUAUCCUCACCAGGUAGCUUGUCUCUCCAUCACCGGUCUCUCCUUUCUAUACCUACCUGCCUACCUACCUUACGACCCACCACCAUGAUGGUAGCUCAGAGCAUCAGGCAACUAGCCUGCCUAGCCGCCUGCGUCUUCUUCGCGAGCCCUACCCUAGCCGCACCCAUCGACAUCGAAAUCGGCGUGCCCAAGCUCCUCGGCGCCAGCGGCAAGCGCGUGGUACUCUGGGACCCAGUCCUCUCGAACGAGAAAGCCAGCAUCCCGGGCAUCCUCAAGUCCGCGGGCCAGCUGGCCGGGUCGAAGGCCAUCAAGUCGGUCUUCAACUGGAACACGAAGCGGCCGGCCGAGGUGCCCAAGACCAUCCCCUUCCGCCCCACGGUGUGGGGGCCGGCGCACCUGCAGGGCGACGCGUGGAGCAGCCUGGUAGCAGAAGCGGCAGCGCAGAAGGGUAAUGCCAUCGUGCACUUCUUCAACGAGCCGGAGCGGCAGGGGAUCGACCCGGGCGACGCGGCGGCGAAGUGGAAGGCGCAGAUGCUUCCCCUGCGCAGGCAGUACGGCGUGAAGCUGGCGAGCCCGGCGUGCGCGAGCGACCCCGACGGCAUCCAGUGGCUGCAGGCCUUCAUGGGCAAGCUGGGCAGCAGCGAGAAGCCCGACUACGUCAACGCGCACUUCUACACGCUGCAGAACAGCGCGUCGGCCGCCGAGGUCGAGAACGCCAAGGCCUUCUUCAAGCGGCAGCACGACACGUACAAGUUACCGAUGAUCGGUGGCGAGAUCGCGAGCGUCAACCGCGACAGGGCGCAGGUGGAUCUGUUCACGAAGGAGGUGUCGAAGUGGCUCGAUGCCCAGAGCUGGGUGGUCGAGUACGGCUUCUUCGGCGUGUCCACGAAGCCGGCGGACACGUUUGUGAGCCCGGCGGCGCAGCUGAUGGAUGGCAGCGGUGGCUGGACAGACCUCGGAAGAUGGUUCUUUGGGGUAUAGGGGGGGUCAAUUAGGGACGGGCUCGGAGUUGGACUCGGCAGAUUUGGGGGGGAGGAGGGAGGAGGGGGGAUGGGCUAACGUUUAGGUCACACCACCCACGCUCGACAUCGGACAUACUAUGAUACAGUACUAUACCAUUUCGAUU